AACUUAUACUGCUUAACAGUGCUCUGUAAUCGAAACAAGCAGCACUGUCUGAGUGCUCUAAAAAUUCACAGUUAGUCUAGCACUGAUAACGAACGGAUCAGAGGAGAGAUUAGACUGGUUGCAAUGAGGAGUCUGCUAGUAUAUUGCUUGGUGGCCUUUGCACUUGUGCCGUGGCUGCCCUAUGGAACUGCCUAUGAGACUUGCUCCGCCUCGGCGCAGCAGGCUCAUUGCUUUUUCGAGCAGGAGAAUUCGAAGCUGCGUGAACGGUACCAUGCCGAAUAUUCUGCUGCAUUCACGUACAACACCAACGUGACGGAGGAGAACCGUCAGGCCAUGAUAGCGGUCUAUGCUGAAGGCGCCAGGCAGAACAAAUUAUUGGCGCAGACUAUUCGAGCGGCCAACUAUGCCAAGUCGGAAGAUGGAAACAUUCGCAGGCAGGCGCGAAUGCUGCAAGAGCUGGGUGCGGAUGUACUCGAGCCCAAUGACUAUUUGGAGCUGAAGAACGCGAUAAGCGCCAUGCAAUCCAAUUAUGCCACCACCACUGUUUGCUCCUACACGAAUCGCACCAACUGCUCCUUGACGCUUGAGCCGCACAUCCAAGAGCGUCUGUCCAACAGUCGCGAUCCGGCCGAGCUGGCCUGGUAUUGGCGCGAAUGGUACGAUAAGGCGGGGACACCAAUGCGCGAUAACUUUGCCAAAUAUGUGCGAUUGACGCGCAAGGCAGCCAAUCUGAAUGGCUAUCGCUCGUAUGCCGAUUACUGGGUCCACUUCUAUGAAGAUGCCACCUUUGAGAGCCAGCUAGACGCCACCUACAAGGCACUGCUGCCCUUCUACAGACAGAUCCAUGGCUAUGUGAGGUACCGUCUGCGCCAGCAUUAUGGACCCGAGGUGGUGCCCGCUGAGGGCAACAUUCCCAUGCAUCUGCUGGGCAACAUGUGGGGGCAGUCGUGGAACGAGGUCAUCGAUCUGUUCACACCGUAUCCGGAGAGGCCGUUUGUGGACGUCACAUCGGAAAUGGAGCGACAGGCAUAUAGCGUGCAGAAGCUGUUCGAGCUGGGCGACCAGUUCUUUCAAUCGCUGGGCAUGCGCGCUUUGCCCCCAACUUUCUGGAAUCGAAGUGUGCUCACACGACCCGCAGAUCGCGAAGUAGUGUGCCAUGCCUCUGCCUGGGACUUUUAUCAGGACAGCGAUGUCCGCAUCAAGAUGUGCACCGAGGUGAACACCCAUUACCUGUACGUGGUGCACCAUGAGCUGGGCCACAUUCAAUACUAUCUGCAAUACGAGCAACAGCCCGCUGUUUAUAGAGGAGCCCCCAAUCCGGGCUUCCAUGAGGCUGUGGGUGAUGUCAUUGCGCUGUCGGUAAUGUCCGCCAAGCAUCUGCAGAGCAUCAACCUCACCAGCAACGGAACUCUAGACGAGGAGAGUCGCAUCAAUGAGCUGUUCAAGCGAGCGCUCUCCAAGAUUGUCUUCCUGCCCUUUGGCUACACCAUGGACAAGUAUCGCUAUGCUGUGUUCCGCGGCGAGCUGGACGAAUCGCAAUGGAACUGCGGCUUCUGGCAGAUGCGUUCCGAGUUCGGUGGCGUCGAACCGCCAAUGGCUCGCAGCGACAAGGACUUUGAUCCUCCGGCCAAGUACCAUAUCGAUGCCGAUGUCGAGUAUCUGCGCUACUUUGCAGCCCACAUAUUCCAAUUCCAGUUCCACAAGGCUCUGUGCCGUCUAGCUGGACAGUAUGCCCCUGGUGACAGUACUCGGACUCUGGACAAUUGCGACAUCUUUGGCAGCCGAAGGGCGGGCGAUGCAUUCAAGAAAUUCUUGUCGGCUGGCAAUUCGAGACACUGGAAGGAAGUCCUGGAGGAGUUUACGGGCGAAACUGAAAUGGAUCCAGCUGCACUACUCGAAUACUUCGAUCCACUCUAUCAAUGGCUCAAGCGGGAGAACAAGCGCUUAGGCGUUCCCUUAGGCUGGGAAGACACCAAUAAAAUCCCAUCCAAUUGCUGUGGCGCCUUUAGUACUUAACUCAGGGAAUCUUCUUUUUGUACUCAAUAAAAUUAAGAUAACUUUAUGAUCAAGUGUGAAUUUUUAUACCACCAUGC